GGGACCCUCAUGGUCACAUCCCUCGCGAACUUUCGUUCUGAUUAUACCAUCGUGCACAUACCGAGCGGCAGAUAUUCGGAUUCUCGUGACCGUCUGUUCACGAACAUCAAUCUUCUUCGGAUGGGCUGUAGUGGUCGCAGCGCUCUAACGCUCGAGGAACCAAGCGACACGACGAAGGAUCGCUUCAUGGACAUGUAUCACUUCCAGGACAAAUCACUUUCGGAUCAAACGUUCGACGCCACCGUCCUAGAGCUGGUACGCUUCGUGCAGGCAGGCCUCGCUAUAUGCGGCAUGUUCGACAUGGCACCAGAACAGCGUGAUGGGCUACUGUGCGAUAUCACCGUCGAUGGUCUGCAGCGAUGGAUCGCCGAAAUUGGCGAACCCUGUGUAGGCGUAGAGCCUAUGGAACGAGUGGCGGACCCGACCGUUGUGUCAGGCUUGUUUAGUCUGGUUCUGACUGUCAGGAAUCAGCUCUGCGCUCUCAAAUAUCACGACUUCAUGCCGAAAGACGCUUUCCUCGACCCUCAACAGUUCUCGUACGGCUUUGCGAGCUUCCAACAGACGCCGAAAGGCGAGUUCACACCGCUGACCCGGUCGCUGGUUCGCGCGAUAAACUCCGCGUACGACAAGACGCGCCAACUGGACUCGUACAAAGUUCAUAAGGUGCUCCUGAACAAGCUAGACGAUCUGGCCACCGAUUUGCGCACCACCGCGAGCGGCGCUGACCGGGACACGAGCAGCAAGAUUACCAACCACAGCGCCAUCGUGGAACCGACCUUGGAACUUGACGUCUUCGUGCAGACAAUUCUCGGAGGCAGUAAAGAUGGCGCCUCCAGCUUGCGAUACCUCUGGACUGGGAGACCGGGGUAUGCCAGUGUGCGGAAGAAACGGAAGGAGAAGGUGGUCAGUGACGGCGAGAAGGAUGACGCGGAUGCCGAACGGGACCCAAACGCCGAGGACGACGACAACGAGUUCGCUGCCGGCCGGCCGUGGUCUAACAGAGUUCAGCGGAAGAUUGAGGCAUGGGCGGGGCUGAGCCGCUCGAAGCGACCGAACGUGGAUCCGUCCGGCAAAAGCAAACCAGCGGACGCAACGGUUCUCAACAUACCGGAGGUUAUCGUACAGAGCGAAGAUGACGACGGGCUCAGUAGCACCGCGGCAUCGCCUAUCUCCGCCUCACGCAAGCAUUUUGGGCAACUGGGCGUGUCCCGGGACGACAUAAGCGCCAUUCAGUCCGAAUACGAUCGCAAGGUGUCCGAGUUCAAUCGCCUGCGGCCAAGUACGAAAGCGGGGUACCAGAGUCGUGUUUCGAGCUGGUCCGAUCCUGUCAGCGCGAGAGGCAUCGUCAAUGACGAUCCUCGACCUAAGAAGCGGAGCCGUCUAGGCGAAGUUGCGAUGGAUGCGGACGAGGAACAAGAAAACUCAGACGUCCCGCUCAUUCUUGUGGACGACGCCUCGGUCGACUCGCGGGAUGCGCGCAAGCGACUGCUGGUUCAUGGAGCGAAACGGCGGCGUAGUUUCGAUGACGUCGAUCGUUUGGGGGAUAUACGAAUACUACCGAUGGACAGAAUGCGGAUCGACGUCGAACUAUGCGGGCAAUUACUCGUCAUGCGACGGAGAGAGGAACAUCUACGCAACGUCGUAGGCUGUCUUCAGAUCCUGACGAAGAGGUUAGCGCGGACGAACGCCGCCCUCCGCGAAGACUACGAAGCGCACAUUGACCAGAUCCGCGAGCUCGAAGCCCGGAUGGACCUCGUCGCCGACGUGGAGCAGCAGCGCGGGCGGGCGGACGAGAUGCUGCAGGAGACGAACGCGCUCUGUUACGAGUCGGAGCAGUUCCGGGUGCUCGACCUGUGGCACACCGCGGACCCGCCGCGGCAGAAGGUGCUCGCGCUGCGCGAGAAGGUGUUCGGGACCGGGCGACGGGCGCGCGGCGUGCGCGGGCGGUUCAAUCGCGUGCAGUGGACGCUAGACGGACGGGGGAGGCUUGUGGACCGCACCGGCCGAACGGAGAGCGACGUGGAGGAGGAGGGCGGCCUGCCGGAAACGGUGCCGGGCGAAGAGGAGGAGGAGAGCGUGGCGGAGAGCCCCUGGCUCGGGCCGACGUGGCUGCUCCGGCUCUUCAACAGCGGACCGGCGAGGUGGAUCCGCGAGUCGAACACUAAGCAACCGUCGGCGGGGAAGGAGGAGGACGUUAAGGCGGAUGCCAAAGCCGAAGUGAGCAUGCAGGAGCCGGCGGUCGAGCCGAGCUAGCUCGCUUGUGCAUAUAUUCGC